AUGUCAAAGGUUUCAAAGGUUGAUCACAGAGUUAAGGAAUAUUUGGAAGAAGAUGGUUAUGAAAAAUGGUCUCGAUGUUACUACUCGCUUGUUAAUAGAGGUAGAAUGAUGACCUCUAAUAUAACCGAAUGUAUUAACGGUUGCUUAGUAGAGGUUGGAGAAAUUUCAAUUUUAGGUUUCGUUGAAGAAGUUAGAAUUUUAUUUGCUGCGUGGAAUUGUAAGAACAACGAAAUUGCAUCUUAUACCAACACAACACUCGGGAGAAGAUUUGAAGAAAUACUGACUCUUAAUGGGGCUAAGGCUUUGCGUGUGACGGCAGCUGGUAGUUAUCUUUAUUGUGUAUAUGAAUCAGGACGGAGGUACAUUGUCGAUAUUGAGCAUGACACGUGCAACAGUGUCAAGACGUAUACACUCCCGAUAGUUUCAGUGCCAGACAUGAAGGAUUGGAAUGUUUCAUCUUUUGUUGGCGAUGAAGCAGUUGUGCCGCCCAAAUACAGAAGAGGACCUGGUAGGCCAAAGAAAGAAAGUCAUUUGAAAUCAAGUGAAUCACUUUCUUCAAGUUCGAACUGUUGCAGAAAAUACAGACGUGCAGGUUACAAUUGA